GCCUAGAUAUCUCUAUUUCCUCUCUUCAAACAAUAAAUUAAGUUAUAGGUACACUGUUGGUGGACUGUUUCAUAGUCUAGUGAAGAAAAGUCAAGCAAACAGGCGCCCCCCUCCCCAGAAAUCGUUGGUCCAGUGGUGAUGAUGAUGAUCAUGAUGGCCGAUGAGGAGAGAAAUAUUUCGGCUGCGACUGCAGACGACGCAAAAACAAGUCAAGAUGCGGCGAACACCACAGAUACGAACGAGUCACCAAAAGGACAGCAGGAUGAUCACCCUCCCUCCGUGGACAGCAUCAGUACAGCUACCAACAGCUCAGUAGGAGCAGCUACCCUGGACAGCACGGCUGGUACACAGCCGGAAGAGCUCAGGGGGCUGUGCAGGGACAUGUUUGAGAAGAUGACUCUGUACCUGAAUGGAGAGCUGACAGUUGUGUGUGAUGACUACAAGUUACUGGAGAGUAUGAACAAGGUGUCGGCUGCCAAGUAUGCUGAGAUGAGGGGCGUGGCAGCUGGAGUCAGCAAGGCCAUGAUAGACCUCAAUGAGAAAUAUGCCAGCCUGCAGCCAUAUCUGGACCAGAUAGACCAGAUAGAGGACAGUGUGGCUAGUCUGGAGCAGGCAGCCUACAGACUGGACGCUUACUCCAAGAGAUUAGAAGCCAAGUUCAAGCAGCUGGAGAAGAGAUGAGAGUUUGCUGACCGCUCUGCUGGUCAGUCCCGGGCAUCAUCAUUCCAGCCAACUGGACGUUGUAUGGAGAUAAAGAUGAACAUUGUUAUGUACCAGAUUAAUUCAGAAUUACAUAAAGUGUGGUAUGUAUUACAAUCUUGGAGUACAGAAUUGUGAGUCAAACUCUCAAAGAUGAAGAAGACUGGUUCUUCUUACUUGGACUGCAAACUGAGGUUUAGGUACAUGUCCAGAAUUGUGCCUGUACCAGGACAAUUCUAGAAAGUAACCUGUGGUCUUCAAUGUUGACAAGAACUGUAAAAGAAGGUGUAUUUGAACUUGGAGUUACCAGAAAUAAUUGACUGUUUAUUGAUGAUAAGUCAUGUCCUCUUUGUUUCUGUAAUUGUUAUUGUGUUACUUACAAUUAUACUUCUGGAAGAUUCUAGGGAGUAAAUGCAGAGAUUUAAAUAUACAAUUUGUCAAUCAAUGAGUAUGUGAAGCUAUUUCCAAUGUAUAUGAAACUGAACUAGUGUUACUGCACAGGUGUUAUUACUGUAUGGAC